AUGUUCACAAUAAACACUUACGCAGAAGCCGCGUCAGUUGAUCACCCCACGCCAGCCAUAGACAGCAGCGCCCCCAUCGAGGAGAAGGAGAACAUUGACAGUGGCAAAGAUGAAAAGAAAGGCGAGGACGAUGCCGACAAGGGCCCUGACCAGAAAAACAAGACCGUUGACAUCUUCGCAAUGGAACCAUCAAGACCGGCUCCGCUUAGGCCGAUCAAAGCUGAUGUCAUCGAUCCCGAGCUUGCUACUGACAAAACGGUAAAGCCUAAGCCUAAACCUAAGCCUGCACCCGUUCCUGAGGUAGACCAGGUCAACGAAGGCGAUGUCGACCAGGGAGACAAGCAAGAAACGCCAGCAGACGACAAGGAUUUACCCAAGGCAGACUUGACCACCAACGAUACGGCUAAGCCCAAGCCUAAGCCUAAACCUAAGCCUACACCCACCACCAUUCCUGAGGUAGACUUGACCAGCACCGACAAGGUCAACGAAGUCAAUGUCGACCAGGAAGGCAAGCAAGAAACGCCAUCAGGCAGUGACUUACCUGUACCAGCGGAUAGGCUGUCAGCAUCGUCAACCCCUGCUCCGACAGGUGCCGUCUCGUCCCGCUCACUGCUAGCUGAUAUCAUAGAUCCCAAUCGGACUCCUGGCAACACGGCUAAGCUCAAGCCUAAGCCUAAACCUAAGCCUAAGCCUACACCCAAUCCUGAGGAAGACUUGACCACCAACGACAAGGUCAACGAAGGCGAUGUCGACCAGGAAGCCAAGCAAGAAACACCAGUAGACAACAAGAACGUACCUGUACCAGCGUAUAGGCCACAUUUGUCACCUAGACGGAAGAAUACUGUCCCUACACAGAACUCAGCCGCUGGACUCCUGGCCAAUAUCCUGAAACCAAAGGCACCUUGACAGGCACCUUGGCAGGCACCUUGGCAGGCACAUCAGAAUGACCAUUACAUCAUCUUUGGUUAUAAGUACCGUAUGCAGCAUUGGCUCUGCAGUUGUUGUCCCUUCUCCCAUUUGAAGGAAACUGAACGGUUCCAUGGAAGAAAAGUUGUAUUUUGUUAAUCCAAGUCAUGAUUCGGUUGAAGCCUAAUAAUAACCCUUCUUUCAUCCAGCUAAGGUUGGGCGUUGCAUCAUGUCUGUAUACCAAAUUCGAUUUGUAUUAUUCAUUGUUUCUUAGUUUAUGUAAACAAAAAGAAGCAAACAAAACAAAUGAGUUAAUACAAAUAGGCAUAAUAACAAUUGAAUGCAGAAAAGUACAGGUACAGUAUGCUUCUUAUCUCUGUGUAUACAACCCCAUGGUUUCUGUUAACGCUUCUAUAUACAAAAGAUGCAACACAUAUAAUUAUACCUAUGUACAGAGGUACAUAUCUAUCUUACAAUAACAACAAAGGUAGCCUUAAUGAAUAGGCUGUUAGUAGUUUGUUGAUGUUGAAAAUGACAAGUGGAAGGACUGAUGGCAAUUACCAUAUUGAAGUCAGCAUUUUCAUUGCCUCCACCAGCAAAGAUGUGCCGGAGGCAUUAUAUAUGAGCACUCUUUCCUUUCCUUUGUAUCACUUACUGCAUAAAUCUACCUAAUUUCACCAUAGACCGAUGAACUUGUUACAUUUAUUUUCAAAGGGCGAAUACAAUAUACGGUCUGAUUAUGUGC